UUUUCUUCUUCUACUGAUUCCAAGUUAGGGUUUCUGAAGUGUGGAAGCUGUCCUUUUGAAUCUAUUUGUUUACCUGUUUGUUCUUGCAGUCAAGUGUACAUGGCCAAGGAAAUCAAAACUGGUGAAAUAGUGGCUCUGAAAAAGAUCCGUAUGGACAAUGAACGAGAGGGGUUUCCUAUAACAGCUAUUCGGGAGAUAAAGAUUCUCAAGAAGCUUCAUCAUGAAAAUGUCAUUAAGCUGAAAGAGAUUGUAACUUCUCCAGGUCGGGACAGAGAUGAGCAAGGGAAGCCAGAUAAUAACAAAUACAAAGGUGGGAUCUACAUGGUUUUUGAGUACAUGGAUCACGAUUUGACGGGACUUGCUGAUCGUCCCGGUCUGAGAUUUACAGUUCCCCAGAUCAAGUGUUACAUGAAGCAACUGCUCACUGGGCUUCAUUAUUGUCAUGUUAAUCAAGUACUUCACCGUGAUAUUAAAGGUUCAAACCUUCUUAUUGACAACGAGGGAAAUUUAAAACUUGCUGAUUUUGGGCUUGCACGGUCAUUUUCUCAUGAUCAUACCGGAAACCUAACAAACCGCGUCAUCACUUUGUGGUACAGACCCCCUGAAUUGCUACUUGGUGCCACAAAGUAUGGCCCGGCUAUUGACAUGUGGUCAGUAGGUUGCAUCUUUGCCGAACUUCUGCAUGGGAAACCAAUCUUGCCGGGGAAAAAUGAGCAUGAGCAACUGAACAAGAUUUUUGAGCUCUGUGGAUCACCUGACGAAAAUAAUUGGCCCGGUGUUUCCAAGAUGCCUUGGUAUAACAAUUUCAAACCAGCACGGCCCUUGAAACGCCGUGUAAGGGAGGUCUUCAGACACUUUGAUCGCCAUGCCCUUGAACUAUUGGAGAAAAUGUUGGUGCUUGAUCCGUCACAGAGAAUAUCAGCAAAGGACGCUCUUGAUGCCGAGUACUUCUGGACUGAUCCUCUGCCAUGUGAUCCAAAGAGUCUACCGGCAUAUGAAGCAUCCCAUGAGUUCCAGACAAAGAAAAAGCGGCAGCAGCAAAGACAGAAUGAGGAAGCUGCGAAAAGGCAGAAAGUGCAGCAUCCACAGCAGCAGCAUCGGUUACCCCCUAUCCAACACGGUGGAGGUCAGUCUCAUCCGCCUCCACAUUGGCCCGGCGGUCCUAACCAUCCCAUUAACAAUGCACCCCCACAAGUAGCUGCCGGACCUAGCCACCAGUACUAUGGAAGAGGACCCCCACCCAGGGGCGGCUAUGGGGUUGGACCACCAAACUAUCCACAAGGCGGUCAGUAUGGAGGAGGGUCUGGUUCAGGCAGAGGUCAGAACCCAAUGGGCGGUGGUAGAAACCAGCAAUAUGGAUGGCAGCAGUAGUCAGAAGGGCUUUUUUAAAAAAAAAUGAUUUGGCGAUUGAUGCUUAUGGCCAUACCACAGAGCUUUCAUCUGGUCUCGCUUGGGGGGUUUGUGAAAAGCUAUGAACUUUAUUUGAUAUAUAAGGACAUAGAUAUUGCCUGAUUGCCAUCACAAAUGUAUGUGAUUCCUGUGGUAAUGACAUUAUCCCCAAAAAGUUUUGAGACUUCGUACUU